AACCGUUCUGGGGCCUGAGCCUGCCCUGACGCGCAGGGACGUCGGGGUGGCGCUAGGAAGUGCCCUUCGCACGAGCAUCUCUGGCGAGUCUGAUUCGGGCGGUCCAGACUUUGGGUAACGCUGUGUAGUGGGAUUUAAGUUCCCACUUUGCCCCUUGCUAGCUGAGUUAUUGGGGGCACCUCAGCCUCCCUCAGCCUCAGUUGCCUCACCUGUAAAAGGAGAAUAUAAAUCUUAUUCACCUCUCAGGUUUAUUGUGAAAAUACAUGUGAAGCUUUUUUGCACGUUGCCUGGUAGACGUUAAUCCAUCAGUAAAUAAGCCUAUUGCGAUGUAAAGGUUUAGAGAAAAACUCUGUAAUGUCUGAGAGUGUCCGAGUAAUAGAAGACCCAACAGUGAGGGCCUCACCUUUGCUGGCAGAAGAUCACAGCAGAACCCUGUUCACAUGACGGUCACAGAUGAAUUCCCCUUGCCUCCUAACGUGACACACGGACAGCAGCCUGGGAUAGGGCCCUGGACAUCUUUGGGGGCCGUUAUCCUGCCCACGACAGCCACCUUUUCGUGAUUUCACAGAUGGUUGACAUGAAAGCUUUUGUUUUAUAUUUUUGCCUUGUAGAGGUUUUUGCUGGGAGAAUUAGCAGUGACCUUUCAAUAUGGGGGAUAUCCUGGCUCAUGAAUCCGAGUUACUUGGACUGGUGAAAGAGUAUUUAGAUUUUGCUGAAUUUGAAGACACCUUGAAAACAUUUUCAAAAGAAUGCAAAAUGAAAGGAAAACCAUUACCUAAAACAGCCAGUGGCUCUUUAAGGGACUCCAAAUCAUCAAUAAUCCAGAAGGACCUCCUUACUGCAUUUGACAACGGAGCCCAGAAGGUGUUCUUCGGUUUGUGGGAGGAGCAUGUUCCCAGCUCCAUCCGGGAUGGUGACUCCCUCGCCCAGAAGUUGGAAUUCUACCUUCACAUCCAUUUUGCCAUCUAUCUUCUGAAACACUCCGUGGGGAGACCUGACAAAGAGGACUUGGAUGAAAGGAUUUCUUAUUUCAAAACCUACCUGGAGAGCAAAGGGGCUGCGCUGAGCCAGACCACGGAGUUCCUCCCUUUCUAUGCCCUGCCGUUUGUCCCCAACCCUAUGGUGCACCCAUCAUUUAAAGAGCUCUUCCAGGAUUCUUGGACUCCAGAAUUGAAGUUGAAGUUGGAAAAGUUUCUAGCUUUGAUUUUUAAAGCCAGUAACACGCCAAAGCUUUUCACAUUAUAUAAGGAGAGUGGACCAAGUCACAAAGAAAUGUUGCAGCAGCUCCACCAGCAGUUGGUAGAAGCUGAGCGCAGGUCGAUGACAUACCUGAAACGGUACAAUAAGAUCCAGGCGGACUACCACAACCUCAUCGGGGUCACAGCAGAGCUGGUGGAUUCUCUGGAGGCAACGGUCAGCGGCAAGAUGAUCACUCCCGAGUACCUGCAGAGCGUCUGCGUCCGCCUCUUCAGCAACCAGAUGCGGCAGAGCCUGGCUCACAGCAUGGACUUCACGAGGCCUGGGACGGCUUCAACCAUGUUAAGAGCCUCCUUGGCACCCAUGAAACUGAAGGAUGUCCCAUUGCUGCCCUCCUUGGAUUAUGAGAAGCUGAAGAAGGAUUUGAUUUUGGGGAGCGACCGCUUGAAAGCUUUCUUGCUGCAGGCUCUGCGCUGGCGCUUGACCACAUCCCAUCCUGGAGAGCAGAGGGAGACCGUUCUGCAGGCCUACGUCAGCAACGACCUCCUGGACUGUCACGGUCACGGCCAGAGGAGCGUGCUGCAGCUGCUGCGCGGCAGGAGCGACGUGGUGCGCCAGUACAUGGCCAGGCUCGUCAACGCCAUUGCGUCCCUGGCAGAAGGUCGCCUCUACCUCGCCCAGAGCACAAAGGUGCUGCAGAUGCUGGAGGAGCGGCUGAGGGAGGACAAGGACAUCAUCACCCGGGAGAACGUGCUCGGGGCCCUGCAGAAGUUCAGCCUCAGGCGCCCGCUGCAGACAGCCAUGAUUCAGGAUGGCCUCAUCUUCUGGCUGAUCGACCUCCUGAAGGAGCCUGACUGCCUUUCUGACUACACGCUGGAGUACUCGGUGGCCCUGCUCAUGAACCUCUGCCUCCGGAGCGCAGGGAAGAACAUGUGCGCCUCGGUAGCGGGCCUCGUGCUGAAAGUUCUUUCGGAUCUGCUGGGCCACGAAAACCACGAGAUACAGCCGUACGUGAAUGGAGCGCUGUACAGCAUCCUCUCUGUCCCAUCCAUUCGUGAGGAAGCGAGAGCAAUGGGAAUGGAAGACAUCCUCCGCUGCUUCAUGAAAGAGGGAAACGCUGAAAUGACCCGCCAGAUCGAGUUCAUCAUCAAGCAGCUGAAUUCAGAAGAGCCCCCGGCUGCUGGUCUCGAAUCCGACGAUGAUGAAGACGAAGAUGAUGAAGAGGACCAUGACACCAUGGAAGCUGAUCUGGACAAAGAUGAGCUGAUCCAGCCCCAGCUUGGAGAACUCUCAGGCGAGAAACUUCUGACCACGGAGUACUUGGGAAUCAUGACCAACACGGGGAAGACGAGGCGGAAGGGGCCGGCCGGCGUGGAGCGGGGCGGCCACGAGCCCCUGCGCAGGCCCGUCACUCCCGGAGGCCACAGGAACGGGUACCCGGUGUAAGUUCGGGCUAAAGAGAUCUAUUUUCUUAAGCUCUGUUUUAAUUAACUGCAAUGUCAGGUAUAUGUAUAUAAAAUUUCAAAAUAAAAUGUUCCUAUUGAAAGCA